GGUCAUUUUGGAGGGACAAGCUACGCUGCGCAGUGCUGCUAAUGUGCGCGCAGGUAGUUACUUGCGUUUUGAUCUAUUCUGAGCGAGACAUAGCAGAUGUGAGCAAAAUGGCUUCCCCGGGGUCCAGUUUGUCGCGGCCCCGCACAGUUUAAACGCGGCUUUAAUGGGCUGACUGCUUAGUUCCUCAUGUUAUUAAAGCGUCACUGUGGUGGUCUCCGAGAUUAUCUUAGCUUAGCGUAGCUUUCUGCGCCGCGUUAAUUUUUAAUGCCCGCCUGCCACCAUAUCACGGCCGUCACUUUUGAAAAAUAAAGUUUCUCCUAAGCUUUCACACCCAGGCUUUAGUUAUUAACAAACAAACCUGUGCAAACAAUUGCAGAGCCCAUAUCUACAGCAAAAAAAAAUCACUAUGUGAUAACGAUACAUUAAAACCAGUUAUGCGCUCUGUGGGUGUUGGCCAUUGGGGAGGCUGGAUUGAUAAGUAAGGAUUAUGGGAAAAAGGGCUGUGGCAAGAACCAGAGACCGAAACUGGUCAGUAGAUAGUACAAAAGAAACCUGGGAACACAUUGUCCGGAGAAAUCAUUCGAAAAUGUGGCCGUCGGUGCUGAGCCUAGUUAUGCUGUCCAGCUUUUGCGGCUGUGUUCAUUCAAUUACCGUCUCUGUUCCCGAUAAGUUUGUGAAUGCGACCUCUGGUGCUACUGUGUUGUUGCGCUGUACUUUUGUGACAUCCGAGCCAACCACCGGCCUGAACAUUCAGUGGUCUUUCAUCUCCAAAACCACCAUGACAUCAAAACCGAUUUACUAUUACCAGGGAGGAGAAGAAAUCGUGUACCCGGAUUACAAGGGUCGCGUGAUCGUGCCUCCUUCUCCAGUCACCACGAACGCCUCCAUAAGCAUUGAAGGAGUGACUCCCUCCGAUUCAGGAGCUUACUUCUGCGACAUUCACAACUUACCGGACGUCCAGGGCACCACGCAGGGCACCAUUAAUCUCAAUGUUUUAGUAAAACCAUCCAAGCCGUUCUGCGGCCUCCACGGCACUGUGGAGUCGGGCCACUUGGUCACCCUCACCUGCCACUCAGAGCACGGGAGCCCGGCCCCGACCUACAACUGGACUAAGCUGGAACAGGGGCACGGUGUCAGCACCCGCGCCGUGACGAAUCUCCAGACAGGAGUUCUUCAGUUUGGGAACCUUUCGCAGUUUGAAUUCGGACAGUAUCAGUGCAACGCGUCCAACAGCGUUGGCUUUGCCAUCUGCGCUAUUACUUUAGACGAAGAGCGUAGUGAUGGGACUAUUGCCGGAGCAGUGGUUGGGUCCGUGCUUGUGGCCUGCCUCAUCGUCUUCAUCGUCUGGUGUGUCAUACAUUCACUGAGGAAGAAGAAGCACAAAGCCAGCAUUGAGAUGGAGUCUAAAGCUCAGAAUGCCAGCCCAGCCAAUUGUUAUACCGCUGUGCCGUCCGCGGAGAACAACAGUCAGGCUUCCACAAAGGAGAUUUCCAGCCAGAUGCAGGAGGAGGAACCCGUGGCUUAGGAACGGUCCUGUAGAUUGGGGCCCAGGUGUUUUUUCCACAGAAACAGUGCUAUUUUGUACCUGAUUUGUAACAUAGACCAUUCCAGCUGAGACUACCGAGCACAUAGCUGCAUUUUGCCGAUGCUUGCAAAUGGUUUUAGUUUAGUUAUAUUUUUAGAAAUAGCACAGAGCGUUAUAAUUAACCAAUCACUUUGUGUAAUUUUGUUCUCCGAGAGAAGUUCUUUGAUUUAUUUUCAAAAGUUUUUUUAAAUAAUCGAGUCACAUAAAAACACACGCAGAAAAUGUCUACACAGUGAAAUUCAUAAAUAAACAAAGAAUUACGUUGCGUAGACGCUCCACAUAUGACACUAAAUUGCUUGAAGCUUGAUUCCAAAUUUAUGUGUUUUUUCGGCUUUAUGUAGAGACUUUGUUACAAAAUAAAUUCUGUGACGUCAUCACAGUAUUGAUCAUCA